AUGGCUGAUCAAGCAGUAGCGCGCUUGGCCGGCAUCAAUGUCGGUGCCUCUGCGCAUCACACGCCCAGUGGUAAUUUCGGCCUCAUCGGUUUGGCUGUGAUGGGCCAAAACCUCAUCCUGAAUGCUGCAGACCAUGGCUUCACCGUUGUAGCUUUCAAUAGAACAGUUUCAAAAGUUGAUCGAUUCUUAGAAAAUGAAGCUAAAGGAAAAACUAUCAUCGGAGCACAUUCUAUCCAGGAAUUCUGUGCCAAACUCAGGAAGCCUCGUCGAAUUAUGCUGCUAGUCAUGGCUGGUAAGCCUGUUGAUGACUUCAUCGAAUCCAUUCUACCCUUCGUUGAACCUGGCGAUAUCAUCAUCGACGGUGGCAACUCCCACUUUCCAGAUAGCAAUCGUCGUUGCAAAUACCUCAGUGAGCGCGGAAUCCGCUUUGUUGGAACCGGUGUAUCUGGUGGUGAGGAAGGUGCUCGCUAUGGACCUAGCUUAAUGCCGGGAGGAAACGAGGAGGCCUGGCCUUAUAUCAAAGAUAUUUUCCAAAGCAUUGCCGCCAAGACCGAUGCCGAGCCCUGCUGUGACUGGGUUGGAGAUGAGGGUGCAGGUCACUAUGUCAAGAUGGUUCAUAACGGCAUUGAGUAUGGGGAUAUGCAGCUCAUCUGUGAGGCGUAUGAUAUCAUGAAGCGUGGCCUUGGAAUGUCUGCAAAGGAGAUGGGUGAUAUUUUCGAGAAGUGGAACAAGGGAGUUUUGAACUCCUUCCUGAUUGAAAUAACUCGGGACGUUCUGCGUUAUGACGACGAAGACGGAAAGCCACUGAUCGAAAAAAUCCUGGACACAGCUGGUCAGAAGGGUACUGGCAAAUGGACAGCCAUCAAUGCUCUUGAUCUCGGAAUGCCCGUCACUCUGAUAGGAGAAGCUGUCUUCGCACGUUGCUUGAGUGCUUUGAAACCUGAGCGUGUUCGCGCUAGCAAGAUCCUUGGAGGGCCUAAGCCCGAAUUCUCUGGCAACCGUGAGGAGUUUAUAGAUAACUUGGAGCAAGCUCUUUAUGCGUCGAAGAUUAUUUCUUAUGCUCAGGGCUUCAUGCUGAUGCAGAAUGCUGCCAAAGAAUACAACUGGAAACUCAAUAAGCCAUCGAUUGCAUUGAUGUGGCGUGGUGGCUGUAUUAUCCGUUCUGUAUUCUUAAAGGAUAUCACCAAGGCGUAUCGCAACAACCCAGACCUCGAGAAUCUCCUCUUUGACGACUUUUUUAACAAGGCAAUCCACAAGGCUCAGCCAGGAUGGCGUGAUGUGGUUAGCAAGGCAACUCUAUGGGGUAUUCCUGCUCCUGCUUUCUCGACUGCACUUAGCUUCUACGAUGGCUACCGCUCGCACGACCUACCAGCAAACCUUCUCCAGGCUCAGCGUGACUACUUUGGUGCCCAUACUUUCUUGGUCAAACCAGAAUGCGCCAACGAGAGGUACCCGGAGGGUACGAAUGUCCAUGUCAACUGGACUGGCCGUGGCGGCAACGUUUCAGCUUCAACCUAUCAAGUCUAA